AUGAGCAGCCUGGCCAAGCGCAUCAAGAUUAGGCGGUCGCAGGAGAGGGGCCACGCCAAGCACGGGUGGCUGAACACCUACCACACCUUCUCCUUCGCCAUGUACCACGACCCGCGCUUCACCGGCUGGUCCAGCCUCCGCGUACUCAACGAAGACCGCGUAGCGCCCAGCCAGGGAUUUGGCGCGCAUCCGCACAGCAACUACGAGAUCUUCAGCUACGUGAUCUCGGGCAGCCUCGAGCACAGGGACACGCUGUCCAACCGCGAGGUGAUCAAGCGCGGCGGCGUCCAGUUCACCUCGGCCGGCAGCGGCAUCAUGCACAGCGAGUACAACCACUCGCGCACCAAGCCGGUCCACUUCCUCCAGAUCUGGCUCAAGCCCGACCAGCGCGAGCUCGAGCCCAACUAUCAGACCGUCGACUUCACCGACGAGGAGAAGCACGGCCGGCUCUGUCUCAUCGUCACCUCCAAGUACCACGGCGCUGACCAGAACACCAACAACAACAACAAGAAGACGAAGGCCGACACCAGUGCCGAUGAGCUGAAGGAGGAGAAGACGCCCAUCGUCAUCAACCAGAACGCGCAGGUCUACGCGUCGCUGCUGGCCAGGGACGAGGCGGUGUCGUACGGCUUCGGCCCGGAGCGGUGCGGCUACGUCCACGUGUGCGACACGGGCGGCCGCCUGCGUCUGCUGGACGACCGCAGCGACGAGGAGAUCGUGCUCGAGGCCGGCGACGGCGCCUUCAUCCAGGCCGGCACGCGCCUGCAGCUCGUGGGCGCCAACGCCGCGGAGGAGGACGGCAAGCGCGUCGAGUUCCUGCUCUUCGACCUCGUCAAGGAGAAGGGCAGCUCGUGGUGA